ACUGAUUACUAGAGGUAUAGUGCAAAAUUUGGACAUUGAAUUAUAAAUAUUGUGGAAAAAACUAAGAUGGGGUGUCCGCGGAAGGAGGAAACAUGGAAAUUCUAAUUAAACAGAGGAGUGAAUUGAAUGUGCUUAAUUUGAGCCUAAAGCCUUCCUGUUUCUGGGGAUCUUUUCUUCCUUUGCCUGGACACUGUUAUUUGCUUUCCUUUUCAUUUACGACAUGACAUCAGAUUCUUUUCCCUCUAAGCUCUAUGAUCUUUACGUUUUUAAACUCAAUCCCAUCCAUGUUCUAACCCCAAAAACUAAUUUGUCGAUCGGGGUUUUGAGUUUCGAGAAGAAAGAAGUUGACAAUUUCCGUAAGGAUGAGGGCGCGAUUGCUCUCUUUGACAGCAGUUUUUGUUCUGAGUUUCAUAGCCGAAAAAUGCAGGCAGUUGGUGGGAGAAGAAUCAGCUUCAAGGAGCAAGACCGAAAGAUUCACAUUCAUAAACUGCUUUGACAUGAGUUACGGAACCAUGGGCUGUUUACUCAAGGAAUUAGUGAAGAUCUAUUUAUACUACAUUAGAGCAACUUACGUGCACAAAGUUAGGAAUGAAGCAACAAAAGAAGCAGUCCAAGAAAACUUGUCCAGAGGACAAAGUCUUGAAGAUGCAGUCAAAAUAGGGCAGCAAGUGGGAAAUGCAGCGGCCAAAAGAGCAUCUUUACAAGCAAAACACAUUAUGGGGCCAAUGGUUUCAUCUGGAUGGGAUUUUUUUGAGACAAUAUAUGUAGGUGGCACAUUGGGUGAGGCAAUUAUUAGAAGUGUUGGUACAUUAUUGGGGUCUUUUAUUGGAGGAAUGAUUGGAGAAGGGAAAACUAGGUGGUUGGGUUUUCUUUUGGGAAGCCAGUUUGGUAGCUGGAUUGGUGGGAGGCUAGGCCUAAUGUUGCAUGAUGUGGGAAUUGGGCUGCAUUAUCUACAGCACCUCACGAGAUCAACUAAGAGUGAUGGAGAAAGCAACUCACUCUUGUUGGUUCCCAGCUAGUGAAAGACCUUCUCUCUGUAUUAAAAGCCUGAAUAUUAUUGCUUGUUAGUGCAACAAUUUAUUGCUUAUAGCCUUGAACUUUGUAAAAAGUUUCACAUUUCUUCAAUUGAGUUGUAGCCUUGUGUAAUUUGAUGCAUGCUACAAUAUGUGAUAUCAACGUAAUUCCAAGCGUAAA